AUGUGUUGCAAAGAUUUUCUUGACGCUGCUGAAGAUGGAUACGUUUGGCGUAGAGUUUCUUUGGACACAUUCCCAUUAAUCCAGUGGCUUCCCAAUGACAAAGUAUCGUCGUUCUUAAACCGUUGUAAGGAAUAUGGAAAUAUGGAGAGCUUGUAUAGAGAAGGGUUGCAAAAAUAUUUUGAUUAUCCAAAUGGAAAUAUUGAUGGUCUUGAGAUCUUGAAGGUAGCCGCUCAAAAGGGUCACAAGGAAGCAAAAUAUGUGUAUGGUAUGAUUUCAUUAUGCUCUGAAGAUGAUGAUUCGAGAAAACAAGGGCUUGAACAUAUGCAUUUUUUGAGGAAGUCCAAGUGUGUCGUAGGCUCCAGAAACAAAGUGAAAAAGUUAUUAGACUCUAUGUGGAGAAAUAAUGGAAUGCUCAGGCGCAAUCAGAACCCUCUCUGUAAUUCUAAGAGCACAUGUAAAGGGUGGGAAGUGAAGACGGGUCGAUGGACAUUAACAGAUGAUGAUGACGAUGAUGCUGAUGAUAUUGACUUAUGUGAGUAUUGUAGAUGGGAUCAUGAGUUAGAAGUUUUUUACCGAUUAUUCAAUAUUCAUUAG